AUGAUGCGCCGCCACGCGGCCAUCCACCACACCGUCGACGAGGCGUUCCUGCCCGUCUACGGGGUCCGGAGCUGCCCGUUGGGUGGACAGAACGGAGACUUUGGCUGGUUCGGCCUUCAAUCUCUCAUCACCCUCCUCAACAUCAGUGCCAUCAUCGCCAACGUGUUCUUCAUUUUUGUGUGCGGGAAAGCUGGUGUGAUGCCCCGACAGACACGGUUGAUGUUGUGCUCGAUCUCGGUGUGCUUCGCCGUCAACGCGUUCGCUGGCCUCCUCUACAACGCCUAUUUCUUCUAUCUGGGCCACAACCAAUUCCCGAUGUAUCCCGAGAAAAGCAGAAGUCGGGCCGACGGACUCGGCAUCAACACGGCCAAGUAUUCGCUCAGCAAACGAUUUCAGAUUCACGAAACCUUCCGCACCACUCAAAUGCUGCUACCAUCAGUGGUGCUCCACGCGAUUCUCUAUCUAUCAUAUCUGCUGCUGCUGUUUCCCGUUCGUGAUUGGAGGGCUUCUGCCAACAUUACCGUUGCUUCCUACAACUACUCUACAAUAAUUUUCGCGUUCCCGUCAAUGCACGCAUUGGCACAUCCAUUGAUCUGCAUCUUCUCCCAUUACUAUUUACGGCAACGAGCACUCGACAUAUUCGAUCGUAUUUGCUGCUUCACUGGAAUGUUCACCUAUCGUUCAAAUGAUGAUUGUCGGCAUUUACAGCCGACUCCCGAUCCGCCGUCGAUUCGCGAGCGUGAGACGCCUGGUCGUGUCGAGUUCCGGAUCGCGCCUGAGAAGCACGCGGAGAUUUUGGAAUCGUUCUGGGAUCGGAAA